AUGUCGUCGAUCCAGGACAAGAACAACGAGCACUUCAACAACAAGGCCCAUGAGUACGACAACAUCCCCAUGGCCAAGGAGAUGACCGCCAAGGCAUCCGAGACUAUUCUUGCCGAGUUUACGGCCUCGACCUCUGAGGAGCAUGUCCGUAACUCUACCGUCCUUGACUUUGGAUGCGGUACCGGCCUGGCUGCAUUCCUGGUCGCAGAAAAAGUUGCCCACCUCGUCGGCGUGGACGCCUCAUCCGGUAUGCUGGAGCACCUCCGCAAGAAACUCGACACCCUCCCCGAACUGGCCUCCCUCAAAGCCGCCAACAAGAUCCAUACCAUCAAUCACCUCGUCACCGAUGCCUCCCCCUUGCCUGAACCCGAUUUCUCCAAGUACCUUGCAGGCGAAAAUGGUGGAUUCGACAUGGUUUUUUCCAACUAUGUAUUGCAUCAUAUUGAGGAUGUGCAGGGAGUCGUCGAUACGUUGGGGAAGAAGAUUGUUAAGCGCGGGGGGUGGGUGAUUGUGCUUGACUUUGAGGGACAUCAUGUCCAUGGUGGGGUUGAUCAUGGACAUGAGCACCAUGGACACGACCAUGGUCACUCCCACGGACACGGACACGGACAUGACCACGCUGCCCACGCUCACGGACACGACCAUUCCCACUCGCACGGCCACGGCCACGCCCACGGAGACAAGAAGAAUGAACACGAGGGCUUGGUCAAAGUCGACGACAUCUACAAGGACGAAGAAGGCAAGCCUCUGGAAUUCGUCGCCCACAAGGGUGGCUUCAACACCGAGAAUAUGACCGAGAUCUUCACCAAGGCUGGACUUGUCGAUGUUUCCUGCAGCCGCUCGUUCGGCUUCUUCCGCGAACUUCGUGGCACCCAGGUCUGGACCGAUGUCCUUGUCGCCAAGGGCCGCCGUCCUUAG